AUGGCUGGCGCACAAGAAAAAUGGUAUUUUACAAAAGUGCAACUACAGAAUUCGCCAAGCAGAAAAUGCGGUUUAGAUGCAGAUAAAGAGUUAGCAUAUAGGCAGCAGGCCGCUAAUCUCAUACAGGAUAUGGGCCAACGGCUUCAAGUAUCACAAUUAUGUAUAAACACAGCAAUAGUGUAUAUGCAUCGGUUUUACGCGUUCCAUUCAUUCACACAGUUUCACAGGAAUGCUAUAGCUGCUGCAGCUUUAUUCCUCGCUGCAAAGGUGGAGGAGCAACCAAGGAAAUUGGAAUAUGUAAUAAAAGUGGCUCACGUGUGCUUACAUCGAGGGGAGAGCGUGAAUGCACUAACACCAGAACAAUAUCAGGAACAGGCGCAGGACCUAGUGUUCAACGAGAACGUACUCCUACAGACGUUAGGAUUCGAUGUGGCCAUCGACCACCCGCACACGCACGUGGUACGAACCUGCCACCUUGUUAAAGCUCCCAAAGACUUGGCGCAGACUUCGUAUUUCAUGGCGUCCAACAGUCUCCAUUUGACCACAAUGUGUCUUCAGUACAGACCUACUAUUGUCGCCUGUUUCUGUAUACAUCUGGCGUCUAAGUGGAGCAAUUGGGCGAUACCUCAAUCUAACGAGGGUCGCCACUGGUUCUCAUAUGUUGAUAGGGAUGUAACUACGGAAAUGUUGGAGAGACUUACAUCAGAGUUUCUUCACAUAUUCGACAAAUGUCCGUCUAGAUUGAAACGAAAGAUGAUGACUAUGUCGAACAGUGGUAGUUCACCUCACGCUGGUUCCAGCUUUGAUAAGAAACACUCAUUGGCUAACAGUGAUGAGAUAGACAAGUCGUUUGAUAAAGAAUAUGAAAGGGAGAGGCGUCGUCAACAGGCGCCCGGCGGUUACGUACCCGCAACCGCACCACAAGCAGCGCAGCCGCAAAAGAUAGACUUCAAUUUGUACAGAGAGAAGAGAGAGAGAGAGGAAAGAGAACGGAGAGAGGACAGAGAGAGACGGCAACAGGCGUUACAACAGAGACCGGCGCCACAGAACAGACCGAACAACAACCCCCCGCCACACAACAGACCGCCACACAAACCGCCACACCCCUGGCCACACAAACCGCCACACAACAAACCACCAGACAGACAUCGACAGAUCCCAUCCACAUCACAUCCCAUAAACCCAACACCCAACCCUCCAGUACACACUGAAGUAAGAACGCGCCCGCCGUCAUUGUUCUCGCCAGAAAACGCCACAACGCCGACAGCGGCCGCCGCGGCGCCACGACGGACCAACCCGCCACAAAGACCUAGACCGGAGCCACGGCCUAGUGUGAGCGCGCCACAACCACCUAAUGUGCCUAUACCGCAUAUACCUCAACCUCAACCUCAAGAGAAACCAAUCAGUCCUCACAAGAAGAGGCCCGACCCCACCGCCGUAGUAAGAGACAUGCAGCCACCGGCCAUACUAUCACCCUUCUCAUCGCCAAGAGAAAAACAAAGGCCGAGAUUGAAUUCAAAUUCCGAGCCAGAAUUAGUUCCGGUGGUCAAGAAAAUAGAUGAAACGCCCGGAUAUGAAAACGUUAUAAGGGAAUCGCAACGCGGAAACGCUAUUAAGACGAGAGCACCCGAAAGAAAACCCGAAGCUAGGGCGUUGAAUGGAAUAGAAACUGAUCCUACGUUAGUCUCGAAUUUACUCAAAGAGAGUUUAGCUAAACCGGCGCCGAUUACUGUGGCGACGGAGAAGAAGUCGCCCGUGGAGAAAAAGGAACCUGUCGAAAUACAACCGAACCCCGUAGAACACACACAACCACACACACAUACACACACACAGCCUCAUAACCAGUCACACACACACACACAACCCACACCCACAGAGGACGGCGACCACAAACACAAGAAGGACAAGAAAAAGAAAGAGAAACACAAACACAAAGACAGGGACAAGUCAAAGGACGAGAGGAAGAAACACAAGAAGGAUAAAGAUAAAGAAAAGGAUAAGGAAAAGAAAGAUCAACCUCCACCGACACCCACACCCGCACCGGAAACGGAUGGCGCGCUAAGAAUAACGAUACCCAGGGAAAAACUAUCCGCCAGUCCGGGACUGAAAAUAAAGAUACCCAAGGAACGACUAGCAGUUCCACCGCCACCACCCAGCGGGCUCAAGAUCAAGAUAUCCAAGGAAGUGUUGGAGACUUCAAGGAAGAGGGCUGCGGGUCUACCAGAGGCCCCGCCACACAAGCUGCCACGCCACGACCACAAGGUAGGUUGGCCCCUCCCGCCCCCCUACAGGCCCCCCCUCCCGUACUACGUAGUCGCCCCCCCGCCGCCACUAUACUACGGGGACUACUUCUACGGCAUGUUCAGACCACCACAGCAGCCACAGCCGCCGCUGCCACCGAUGCCACCACCGGCCGUGCCACCGCCGCCGCCCGAAUGA